AUGGGAUAGAUUUCAGCUUUAUGUUGCAAAAAAGACUAAGUUAUAAUUAUAGAGAAAAAAGUAACUUAAGAGAUUGUUGAAGCUUUUACUAUUGAUGAAGGAAAGGAAGAUUUAGAAAAGAGAAAUAAGAUUAUUAAAAUUUAGGCUAAUUAUAGAGGCUACAGAGUUAGGAAAAUCAUUAAAUUAGAAUUAAAACAACCAUAAACGAAAUAAUUAGAAAGUUAAGGUGAAACGGUUGAUAUAGUAGCUUAUUCUGGAAAAAGAGAAACUUUAAAAUAAAAUGUUGUUGCAGCAAUCAAAUUCAAGAAAGAUCAAUUAUUGGUGAAAAAUACAAUGAAUUGCAUAGAACCAAUUGAAUUACCUAAAAUAGAAAUGGUUGAUGGAAGUACAUAUGAAGGAUAAUGGAUGAAUGAAUAAAAAUGGGGAAAAGGUAAGUUGGUUUAUAAAGAUGGUUCUAUUUAUGAUGGACAAUGGAAACAAAAUGUUGCAUAAGGGAUUGGAAAGUUAAUUCAUAAUGAUGGAGAUAGUUAUGAAGGUGAAUGGUUAAAUGAUAGAGCUAAUGGAUUUGGAAUAUAUAUUCAUUCUAAUGGGGCUAUUUAUAAAGGAUAAUGGAAAGAUGAUCAACAAGAAGGAAAAGGAGAAGAAAUAUGGCCUGAUGGUUCAAAAUAUGAAGGGGAUUAUUUUGAAGGAAAAAAACAUGGUUAUGGUAAGAUUCUCUUUAAUGACGGUUCAGUUUAUUAAGGUCAAUUUCAACAUAAUGAUAUACAUGGCACUGGGGUUUAUAAAUGGUUUAAUGGAAAAAUUUAUGAUGGAUAAUGGAUUCAAAAUAAAAUGAAUGGAUAUGGUACUUUGAAAUGGCCUGAUGGAAAGAAAUAUGUAGGAGAAUAUUAGAAUGAUGUUAAACAUGGGCAUGGAAUUUAUUACUGGGAUGAUGGAAGAGUAUAUGAUGGCAUGUGGAAAGAUGGUAAUUAACAUGGAGAAGGAAUUUAUGUAGAUUGUAAUGGAGUUUCAAAGAAAGGAAUAUGGGAGGGUGGAAGAAGGGUUAAAUGGAUUUGA